AAUUUGAUUCUUGAUUUUCUAUAUUUACAGCUAACAGUACCGUGACGGCUCUGAAAAUCUUAAGACAGAUUCCAGCCAAUAAAAUUCCUGAGAUCGUGGGUGUUAACUGAGAACUCUAAUCUAAUUUCUCAAGAGUAGUUUUAUUGUGUGUUGACAAACGAGAUGAAGGUUUCAUUGCCGUUCGUGGGGAUGGUAAUGGCAGAGUGUGCCCAAGUUGGGCUUAUUAUAGUAAGCAAAGCAGUCAUGUCUAAAGGCAUGAGCAGUUUCAUCUUUAUCUGUUACUCUAAUGCCCUUGCCUCUCUCAUCCUUCUCCUUUCUUCUUUGCUCUUCCACAGAUCACAGAGGCCUCCACUCACCUUCUCAAUUGUCUGUGGAUUCUUCUUGCUUGGUCUAUUUGGUUUCUUGGCACAGCUUUUUGGGUAUACUGGGAUUAACCUGAGCUCUCCUACUCUUGGCACAGCCAUGCUCAACCUCGUUCCCGGUUUUACCUUUGUGCUUGCUGUUGCCUUCAGGAUGGAAAAAGUUGACUGGAGAACCUUUACAACCCUAGCUAAAUCCAUGGGAACCAUAGUAUCAAUUGGAGGGGCAUUCAUUUUAACUUACUACAAAGGCCCACCAAUUUGGAUGACCCGCUUUCCUUUAAACUCCUCUCCUCAACUUUUUGUGCAACUGUCAAAUUGGGUUAUUGGAGGAUUGCUACUUGCAGUUGAUUGUGUUAUGACUUCUGCUUGGAUCAUCAUACAGGCAUUGAUCCUCAAGAAAUACCCAGCAGAACUGAUUGUUGUCUUUUUUUACUGCUUCUUUGUGACAAUUCUGUCUGCAAUAGUUUGUUUGGUUGUAGAAAGAGACCCUUUUGCUUGGAGCUUAAAACCUAAUAUGAGAUUGGCUGCUGUUUUGUACUCGGGAGUCUUUGGGUCAGCAUUCCAAGUUGGCAUUGUUACAUGGUGCCUGCAGCAGACAGGGCCUGUUUUUGUUUCUAUGUUCAAGCCCUUGGGCAUUGUCAUUGCGGCUGUUGCAGGUGUCAUCUUCUUGGGGGAUACCUUGUACCUUGGGAGUAUGGUUGGAGCAAUUGUGAUAGUCAUCGGGUUCUAUGCGGUGAUGUGGGGAAAAGCCAAAGAAUGGGAGAUAGGUGUGGAUGCUGGAGUGAGGAGCUUUGAGUCAAGCAGCCAAAAAGUCCCUCUCCUGCAAAGCUAUAUUCAAGAAAAUACAAGUGUUGUGCAAUGACCAAAGUAAGAUAUCUCCUUUUGCCAAACCAAAUGGAAAGGAGGAAGAAGUCCACAGAGAACAUGUAAGAUGCAUGGUUUCUGUAUGAUGUAUAUAGAACUAGAUAUGGAAGGCACAUUCAAAGAUCCAAGCAUGUGAGAAAGGCAACUAGAAUUGUGAAAUAUGACCCGUUUACUCUUGGCCUGUGGGCUCAAUAACAUUGGCUCAUCUAUACUGAGAUUCAAAGGAAGAGCCUGAAAGCAGCUUGGAAGUUGAUAAGUAAUAAAGUGAGAACUAAACAGUUGGGCUCAGGGUCAGCUUACUGUCUAAAAAUGACAUUGAAAAUUUCCUCAUUUCAACUUAUUUUUAAUAAAAUUUUAUAUAAUUAUUUUCUCACGACUA